AUGUCGUCCAUCUGGGAGCAAAUGAGAUCUCUGCUGUUCGGAGCGAGUGGAUCGUAUGCUGAUGCGGCCGACACACCCCAAGGGCUUGCUUUCGAACAGCGACUUGUUGCGAGGCACGGAAACACGCUGCCGCCUUGGCCGCUCUUCAAGCUGGGUGCUGUAUACGGCGUUGGACCAGUGCCUCCCAACCUGCGGGCCCUUCUAGACGGUUCUUUCUUUCUGAUAGGCGCGUGUUUGGGGACUGCGGCGCUGUUUGACUUUGCCGGUAUCAUCGGUAGACGCGGCGGCGGCGUUACUGCAGCGGAAGUUGCGAAAGAGUGCAACUGUGCCGAUGUCAAUGCGGUCGGUCGCGUUCUACGGGCUUGCGAAAACUGGGGCUACUUUGAGUCCUACGUCCCGCGGGACUGUGACUCAAAGAGCGUAUCGAACGAGCAGCGCUUAUGGCGGAACACACUAUUAUCGGCUUUAUUGCGCGAGGAUCAUCCACACAGCGUGCGCGCUCAAAUAAUGCACUUGUACGUCGAUAUUUUUCCCGCGAGUGCGCUUCUCUUUGAGACGAUACGUGAUACGCCGUCAAACGACGUAGAAACGGACGGUUUGCGAGCGCGUGCCGAUGCGUCAGCGACAAAACAACCGAGCGCGUUUGAACGCGUCCAUCAGUGUACGUUUUGGGAAUACCUGUCGAGCCAUCCGGAUCGAUGGGAUGUCUUCAACAGGGCCAUGCGUAGCUCAGAUGCGCUCCUGGGAUCGACGAUCAUGAAAGAUAUCGACUGGGGACGCUACCUCCGGGUUAUAGACCUCGGCGCAGCGGAUGGUUCACUCGUUUAUCAUCUGCUGAGCGCUUUCGCGCUGAAGGCAGUGAUUUUCGAUCUGCCGCCGGUUAUCGAGCAUGCCAAGGCGUACUGGAACACGAGUCCGGAGCGCUCGGCAAUGGUCGCAAGUGGCCGCGUCCAGUUCGCGGCCGGCGACCUUUUCGACGCCACCACCGUGCCAGCAGCGGAGGAAGGCGACAUCUAUGUGAUGCGCAAUAUCUGGCACGACUGGCGCGAUCCCGACUGUAUCCGCAUUGGCCGGAGUGUUCGAGCAGCAAUCGGCGACGUUCGCAAUGUGAAGCUCGUCAUCCUGGAGGCAAGCAUUGACCAGUAUCCGCGCGGCUCACUCCUUGAGCGCUUUCGCGUUGCACUCGAUCAAAUCAUGUUUACCGCAUUUCGAUCCAAGGAACGCGACAGGAUAGAGUUUGAUGCGCUCUUACGUCGAUGUGGUUUUCAGCUGACCGAAGUGAGGCAUUUACGCGCAUCACUCGUCGCAGUGAUCGCCGAGCCGCUUUCGCAUUGGGUCCAGUCUCCUGAACCAGCGGACCAAUAG